AUGCGACUAGACUAUGUGCCUACAACAGUAUUUACUCCUAUAGAGUAUGGCUGUGUAGGUCUAAGCGAGGAAGCAGCAAUAAGUAAAUAUGGUGAAGAGGAUAUAGAGGUAUAUUUACGUGAGUUUUCUCCGUUGGAGUUUUCUGCAUGUCAUCGUGAGCGUAUAAUAAUAAGAAAAGAGGAAGAAAAAGGAGAAAAAGGAGGAAAAAAAGAGGAAGAAGAAGAAGAAGAAAUAAAUAAAGAAUUGUCCCCUUGCUGCCUAUCUAAAUUAAUUUGUCUAAAAUCUAAAAAUCUAAAAGUCUUAGGAAUUCAUUUUGUUGGCCCAGAGGCAGCAGAAGUAAUACAAGGAAUGGCACUUGCUAUACAAUUAGGAGCUACUAAGGCGGAUUUUGAUAAUACAUUAGGAAUUCAUCCAUCAAAUGCAGAAUGUUUUAUGCAGCUACAAAUAACAAAAAGAAGCGGAGAAAAUUGGGUAGCAACAGGGGGCUGUGGUGGAGGUAAAUGCGGAUAA